CUUUCCUCUCGCCCAAGCUCUCAGAAGCUCAGUGCUAUGGAUGAAUACCAGCAGACCGAUCUGCGGGUCACGGAUCUCCCAAUUCGUCUGCAAAACCUGUCGAAAUAAAUUUUCCACAGCGUCCAUCUUGCGCCAAGUCGCAGAGGCUGGAUCGAAAGAAAAGGGUUACCCUGCUCGACUAUGUAUAUACAAAGCAGGAGAUACGCGAACCUCGUGGCUUGCGUUUUGGAAAGGCACGGCGAUAUUCCAGUUCGGUGCUACAUAUAUUUUCAUCGCGCCUUUUUUGUAUAAAAAUGAGGAGUGGGAGCCUAGAGAGGGGGUGAGGAUUAUGUGGGCUGUGGGAGCAAUCGUCCUCUCCGCCCUGCCCAUAGCCACCCUCUCCUACCUGACCGCCCCUUUCGUAAAAUCCAUCUAUAUUUCCCUCCCUCCCUGGACCCGCACCUCUCUCCCCACCCUCCGCAAAUUCUCCGCUGCCCUCCCACCCAGCACCCGUCUCGAAUUCACCACCCUGCGUACCUGGCCCUCCGAACGCACCACCACGGCAUUUCUAGACGAACUCCGCCCCUUGUCGCCGCAUCGGUUAAGGUUUGCCAAUAUUGAGUUGGUUAGAGGGGAGAAGUGGAGGAAGGCACAGAGGGAGCGGAGUUGGUGGAGAAAAGUGGCGGAGGUGUUGGCGGAGCCGAGGAGUAAGUUUUAUGUUAAGGAGGGGAGGAGCUAUACGGUCAGUACUGGGGUGCCGGGGGUGUGGGAGAAUGUGGCGUUGGCGAUUCGGCGGCAGGGUCUGAAGGAGGGGGGAAAGGGGGUUAAGGGUAUGAGCAGUGGGGUGAAACCAAUGGCAAAGUCGGCAGAUGGUAUGAGAAUAGAGGCGAGUAAGAAAAUUAAGAGACAGACUACGAGGCCUAUU